AUGGAUUCUUUACUGAAAGUAUUUGCAGCUUCAGUUGAGGAGCUCAAAUCAAAGAAGAAAAAUGAAAGUCUUACUGUCAAAGAAGAUCACAUGAAUUGGAUUUACUUCAAAAAGCAUUUCACUCAUGAUACAGAUCCUGAAGAAAUCAAAGAGGAACUUACUAACAAGAACUAUAAAGUUAUUAGUGUUACUCAGUUAUCUCGCAGAUUUAAAGGAGAUAUUAAAAAAUAUCCUUUAUUUUUAUUACAAAUCUGGGAUACUGCUGGCCAGGAAAGAUUUCGAACUAUAACUCAAAGUUACUAUCGAAGUGCUCAUGGUGUCAUCAUGGCAUAUGAUAUUACAAAGCAUACCAGUUUCCUCCACUUACCACAAUGGGUUGAUGAGUUAAGAAAUUAUACUGAAGCUGAUAUACCUCUGGUAUUAAUUGGUAAUAAAUGUGAUCUAGAAGCAGAACGUGAAGUGCCUUUUGAAGAAGCUUUAUCUUUGAAAGAACAAAUUCCACAACUUGUAGCUGUGCUAGAAACUAGUGCACGAGAAGAUACAAAUGUUGAAAAAGCUUUUGUUACAUUAGCUUUAGAACUUAUGAAGCGAUGCAAUGGUAAUUUGCAUUUACAACAACAAAAUGAAAAUUUUACUCCUGUAAAUAGCAAUACUAUUUUGAACUCAAAGAACAAAUGCUGUUCAAGUUCAUGACCUUUGGAAGUUUGUAUUGUCAUUUUUCUUUGAUCUAAUUUACUUUUAUUUCAAGUUCAAAGGCUGAAAAUUCAGGCUUGAUAAAUUAUUCUUUCAACUUAGAUUGCUCUAUUUUAAGCUUUACAAUCAAUAUGAGUAAAUUUUAACUGUCAGAUAGCUGUAAUAUUCUGUGUAAAUCUAGUCCAUAUAGUGUAGAUUGUGAAAUUGUGCAUUUUAAGUGAAAAUAAUUAAUAUCAUAAUUUAUCAAAUCUUUUUACUUUAUAUCAGUAAAAAUGUGAUUUAUUAUUAGCACACUUGAAUCAUAUUAUUUUCAUUUGUGAUGUGAUAAAUUAAAAAAUCAAAAUUUUUUUUUUUUUCUAUACUGAUAAAUAAUUUAAAAAGUAUGCAAAUUUAGUUUUCUUAAAAAUUCUACUGCGAGUAUUCCAAAGCAUGUCAUUUUUUUAGCAGAACAAGCUGCCAAUCUUCUUAAAUAUGUGAUUAUUACUGUUUUUCCCCCCACAACAAGUAUUUUUAGUGAAUAAUGAAAACUGUAUUGACCAUAACUAUAAAAUAUGUGCAGAAUAAGUAAAACCAUUUAUUUAUUCUGUAUAGUGAUAUAAUACAGGAAAAACAAAUCUAUGAGUAUGCUAUUUCAAACCAUCUUAAUACUGUAUCAGUUAAAUUAAACAAUAUGCCAUUGUAAAAUAUAUAAGCAAAUCAAGUCAUUUAAAUAUAUUUCAUAUAUAUAUAAUUAUUCAUCUUUAUUUGUGUAAAAUUAGUGCAUAACCUAAUAUUGGUUUAUGUGUUAAUUUUGUAACUGAAUGUAUAUGGUAAUUUUAUAUUUUAGCAUUGCAUAUUUAAUAAGAAAUAUUUUCAUCUGUAUUUAAUCAUUUAUGUCAAUAAAAAUUAUAGUUAAAAUGUU